AUGCCGAUUCUGAAAAUCCCUGCGGUGGAAUUGAAUCUGAAAGCUGUUCUAUUGAAUGGGCAGUCAUUUCGGUGGCGAAGCAUUGGAGACUCUUUUUAUGGUGUUGUGGAUGGGUUUCUGCUUCAUUUACGUCGAGUCGAUGAAGAAAAUAUUGAGUGGUCACGCCUUGGAAGUGCUGCCAACGUCACUGAAGUAGACAUUCCUGGCAAACUCCAUGACUACUUCCAGUGGUGGCAAGUGGAUUUUCGGCGAGGAAAAGGAGGAGAGAAAAUUUACGAGAGGAUGGAAGUAGACGUUUUUUUCAUGCGUGAAGGAGCGCUAGGAUUUCCAUGGAUGACAGGCGAUGAGGAUUACGCGUGUUACGUUAAGCGA